CUCCACUGUUGGACUCCCUCCUUUUCCCUUUCUGAUCUCCUUAAUCUUCGCCCUUGCAACUCCCCCAUCGGCCACUAGAGGCCACUGUUUGGCUCCAUCCUUUCCCCUUUCUGAUCUUCGCUGGACCACUUUCUUCCCAGCAUCUGAGCCGAGAGCAUCCUUCAUCUUUGCCUUCUCCAUUCUCCCCUUUUUCGCUCCUUUGCAUUCGGAUGGAUGGCGACCCGCUACUUCCUCGGGGGCACCAUGAAGCAGAUCUGCUUUUGUGCCGCUUCCUCCUUUGCGAGCCAGGACUGGAGCAAAAACGACGAAAAGCUCCUCCAGGCCGUGGAGUACAAUGAUGCCGACCGCGUCUCCUCUCUGCUCCUGCGGAAAGGGCUGGUCCCCACCAAGCUGGACUCCGAAGGAAAAUCAGCGUUCCACUUGGCUGCCAUGAGAGGAAACGUGGACUGCCUAGAGGUGAUGCUGGCCCAUGGAGCCGAUGCCAUGACCAUCGAUGGAUCGGGCUUUGCGGCAUUGCACCUCUCGGCGAAACACGGCCACCCACAGUGUGUGAGCAAACUCUUACAGGCUUCUUGCCCAGUGGACGUGGCGGACGGCCAUGGAAGAACAGCAUUGCAUCACGCAGCGGUCAAUGGUUGCAUCUCCUGUUUGGAGAUCCUCUGUGACUUCAAGGCUUCCUUGAACACCAAGGAUCAGGAUGGGUCCACUCCGCUAAUCCUGGCGGCGAAGAUGAGCCAUUCGGAGCUUUGCCGGUAUUUGCUGCACCGCGGAGCUGCUGUCAAUGCCAGAGACCAGAAAGGCCGAACAGCCCUCAUGGCAGCCUGUGAGAAUGGCAGUGUGGAGACGGUGGAGGCCCUGGUUCACGGCGGGGCCAAGGUCGGCCUUGUGGAUGCCACCGGCCAUGAUGCAGCUCACUAUGGCGCGGCCACCGGCAAUGCCCUCAUCCAGCACUACCUGCAGGAGGCCGUCCAGCGCCAUUCCUGGGCAAGCGAAGAAUCCACUGAUCUAUCCUCACAGGCCUCCUCUCCUGGGCAAUCUCUGGCCAAAGGGAAGAACAACAGUCCCAGAAAAAGGAAGGCUCCACCUCCACCUUCCGGCAACUCCAGCCAGCCGACUUCCAACCCUCAUGAUGAUCAAGGCACUUCUUCGGCAGAACGGAGCCACCGAGUGAUCACGGCCAAGCCAGCAAGGAUGCAUCAUUCCCCCAUUGUAGCUGAAAUGGAGGACCGGGAAGCCUAUGAGGAAAUUGUAAGGCUGCGUCAAGAGAGGGCUCAGUUCCUGCAGAAAAUCCGCAGCUUGGAGCAACAGCAGGAGAAGCUGAAACAAGAGCAACCAGGGUUGGAAGAUGGUGCCUUCCAUAUUUUAGAGAAACAGGUUGAAGAUCUUCAGAAACAACUGGCGGAGAAGGAAAACCAAGGCAAGGAGCUGGAGGCGCUCCGGAGCCGCCUCUCAUCUUUGGAGAAUGAGAAGGAGAACACCAGCUACGACAUCGAGACGCUGCAAGAUGAAGAAGGCGAGUUGCUGGAGUUUCCAGGAGCUGAGCUUUUGCUGUCCAAAAAGAGCUGGAGCGUCUCGACUGAAGACCUUUUGGCCACCUUACAGGGCCAAGUCCAGUCCCUGACUCAGAAGAAUCAAGAGCUGAUGGAGAAAAUACAGGUCUUGGAGAAUUACGAGAAGGACGAAAGCGAUGCGGACAUGGACGCCUCUGGCGACUUCAUCCCCAUCAUCCUGUACGAUUCGCUGAGGUCCGAAUUUGACCGGCUGAAGGAGCAGCAUGCAGAAACCCAGUCAGUCCUGAAAGCCUUUGAGGACACUGGGUCGGAGGAGACGUCUUGCAAACUGGUUCCCGCUGAGGCUUACGAGCAGCUCAAGGCCGACUACGAGAAGCAAAUCAAAGCCCUCCGGGAAGCUUUGGAGAAGACCUCGGUCAAACGGCAUAGCAAAGAUCAUGAUCCUGAAGGCAACCCUGGUUCGGGGCAGGAAUCAAAUGGCAAAGGAGAGGGAGAAACAUUGGCUGAAGAGCUCCGAUCGACGCAGGAGAAAUACAGAGCAGCCAUGGAGGAAGUGAAGCUCCURCAAGAGCAGAUUGCACUAGGRAUCUUCUCGGUGGAAGACAAGGAGGCAGCGGAGAGCGAGACAGAGACUGUCAAAACCGCCUUGCGUCAAGCUCAGGAAGACCUCAAGGAGCGAGACCGAAAGGUGAUGGAUCUCGAACAACGGCUCGCUGAUGAAGAUUGCACUGCUGAGGAGUAUGAGAAGAUGAAGGCCUCCUUAGAGCAAGUCUCCAAGGAGAAGGAGGCCCUCUUGGUGCGUUGCAGCUCUGCUGAGGCUGAGAUGAAGGAGUUGCGGGAGUCGUUGCAAGAGCUUGAAGAGGUCCAAGGGAGCGCAACAGAGAGCCUCCGGGAAGAAGCCAGUGCAUUAAAGCAGCAAUUGGAGGAUGCGAUGAAGKGGCGAGAAGGCGCUGAAGCCCAGGCAGCAGGUCUCAAAGAAAGACACCAAGCCUUGGAGAAGGAGCUGAACGCCACCAAGGAGCGGGUGGCUUCUGAGUUCGUGCCCAAGUCAGAGCACGAGGGGACAGUGAAGGAGCUCAAGGAUGCCCUUUCCACAGCAGAAGGGAAACUGACGGACCUGAUGGCGCAGCAUGAUUCGACCCAAAAGGAGUUGGGGGAGAUCCAGGCACGGGCAGAGAGCUACCGCCGGGAGUCGGUACCCCUCGCGGAGCACAACCGGGCCAAGGAAGCGUUGGAGGGCACCUUGUGGGAGCUGAAGGCCAAGUCCAAGCUGCUGGAGCAAGAGCUGAAGGCCAAGGCGCAGGAGGCCGCAGGGCUGCAGAGCCAGCUGGAGGAGGUCCGCCAAGGUGCGGUGUCCAAGGAGUCACACGAGCGGCUGAGGGCCAGCCUCCAAGGGGAGAUCGAGGCCCUCAGCGCUAAGUUGGGCGAGCUAGAGCACAAGCAUGAACGCACCUGUACGGAGGUCUUCCAGGUGCAGCGGGAGGCCCUCUUCAUGAAGAGUGAGAAGCACGCGGCUGAGGCACAGCUGGCAGCCGCCGAGAAACAGCUGCAGGGCCUGCGGGCCGAGUCGGCUCGGAUCCAGGAGCUGCACAGCCACAUCGAGGAUUCAGCCAAGCUGGUCAAGGAGAAGGACAAGAAGAUCACCGAACUUUCGAAGGAAGUCUUCAAGUUGAAAGAAGCGCUCAAUGACCUCUCCGAGCUCUCGGGUGCAACGUCUCCCAAAGCAUCUUCGCCACAGAAGGCAGAGAACCGCCAUGAAGCUGGCGCCCUCCAGGGCAAAGUGAAAGAUCUGGAGCAACAGUUGGCAGAAGCGGAACGGCGCCACAACAAUAUUGUCUCACUCUACCGGGGCCACCUCCUCUAUGCCAUCCAGGGCCGCAUGGACGAAGAUAUCCAACGUAUCCUCUUCCAGAUUCUGAAGAUGCAGCGGCUCCAGGAGCAAGGGAGAUGAGAUGCAGGACGGAGGACCUACAAGGGAAUGGAUACACAACAGAGAACAUCUUGAGACAUUUCCUCCUCUGUCCUCACCCAGAGUUCGGCGCAGGACGACUUCGUUCCUUCCAGCUCACCAAAGUUAUGGGUAUUCCAAACCGCUGGAUGUUGUUGACUUUGCUCUUCUUCUUCUCCAAAGCCCAGAAGGAUGCUGCCGACUACGUUGCCCUCCACUGGAUGUCUGUGUUUCGGGGUCUACAUAAGGGACAAGUCAAUGGCAACUAGAUUCAGUAGUGGGCUGUCCAUUCUUUCCUCCAUACCAUAUUGUUGUAUGAGUUAUGGCCAACUCUUUCUCUGCAACACUUGCUUUGGGUCUUCUCUCCUACCAACUGUCCUUCUGGGACAACAAUGGAAGAAAAUAACCCAAAUUUCAUCAUUGAAAACAGCACUGUGAAUCUUUAAUAUGGCCAUCUACCUAUAUCUGAUAAGAAUAUACAGGGUGUCCCAAAAUUGUGUACACACUUUAAAAGCUGAUAGCUCAAUGGAUGUUUCCCCCUGCCCCAGGUUUAACCCUUUUGAAUUAAUAAUGGAAGUCAGGCUAAGCUUUGAACAAAGGAAAUUCAUUUUGAAAUGUUUCUGGAAGUGUGAAAACGUAGCUAAGUGCAAAGGCAGUUGAGGAGGGAUUCAAAUGGAUCUCUCAUUCGACUCGUGGUAACAAGUCAUGUUGAUGGAUGGAGCUCUUUGAAACUUCCUCCUCAACUGCCUUUGCACUUCAGCUACAUUUUCACACUUCCAGGAGCACUUAUUUAUCUCUUUGUUUAGGAAUUUAAAGCUGUUGUCAAGUAUCUUGUCCUUAUGGCUGGGGAAAUGCUGUACUCAGAAGAGUGGCAACUCUUUGCAAUCCUCUGUCCGUUUUGCCUAAAGAAAACUCCACUGAACUCACUGGGGCUUACUCCCGAGUAGAUAGAGACACACUUAGGUUUGGGCUGUAUAUAUAAAACUCCUGGAGAAAACGGUGCUGUGAAGCUUCUUGCGACAAAACUUGAAUAAACGAUCAAUGCCGGCAA